AGAAGCGUGUUGUUAGCGAGAGAGAGAGAGGGGGAGAGAGAUGUUGAAUGCGAAGAGGCCUCACUUCUUCGAGGGUUUUAACCCUACUACGAGCUCUGAACGACUGUGGCACAAUCCUAAUGUUUCUCUUACAGAAAAUUCCAUCUAGAUUCAUAAAACACUUGGAAGGCAAGACGAAUGGAACUGUUUCAUUGCUGGGUCCCAGUGGGAAUACUUGGCAUGUUGACUUGAUUCAAUACAACGAUAAUUUAUUCUUCCAUGAUGGGUGGGCAGCGUUUGUGCAAGAUCACUUCAUGGUACAUGGUGAUACGAUGGUAUUCAGAUAUGACGGUAGUUUGCGUUUCACGGUGCAAGUUUUUGAUCAUAGUUCCUGUGAGAAAGAAGCUGCAUUUAAUGCUGAAUGCAGUCAAGAUCCCAACCAGUUUGAUGAACUUAUGGGAAGAAAGAGAGACAGGGUAGGUGGAGAUUCUUUUCUGGAUGGUAUUUUUGAACAUGUGCCAAAGAAAAUCCGAGGAUCUCAAGUCAAUUCUGAAUACAUAGCCAAGAACCAAGAAGGAUGGCAACAUGAUGAUGUGGCAUCUGCCACUGAAAUAUGCCCAGCAACCAUUUAUGCUCAUGAAACGGGAAACUACUGCAGCCCAUCAAAGAAUGCUGUCAGUGUUGCUAUGCCUCUUCAAUCUAUUGUUCCCAAGGGCAACUCAGAGGCAAGAUGUAUGCUGACAUUGUCAGCAUCUGAAGCAGAAGGACUUGCUCGGUCAUUUACCUCCUGCUAUCCUAAUUUCACGAAAACUAUGAAAAGGUUCAAUGUUAGCGGUUCAUAUACUCUGAAUAUCCCAUAUCAGUUCUCUAUGGCACAUUUUCCGAAAUGCAAAGUAAAGAUUGUGCUUCGUAAUCUGAAGGGAGAAAGUUGGACUGUUAAUUCGGUCCCAACUAUAAAAGUGCACAUGUCUCAUACUUUCUGUGGAGGAUGGAUGGCUUUUGUUCGUGAUAAUAACAUCAACAUGGGAGACAUCUGUAUUUUUGAACUAGUGGGAAAGUGUGAAUUGUGUGUGUAUAUUCUUAAUGUUGGAAAGGAAGGGCUAGAGUGUCAAAAUGGUAAACCAACUUUUAAGGCGUUAAUCAAUGGGUGUGCUGCUACUUCACAUAAAAUCUCUGAACGUCUGCCAAAGAAAAUGAGAGGGAAUGCAAGUAAAGUCUCUCUACAAUUGAUAACAAGGGUUGAAAUGUCUGAUAAGAAAGCCUUUAAUCGCGAGGACAAAGCAAAUGAUAGACCAUCAAAAAGUUCUGCUUUCUGCUCCCAAUUAAAAGCCAGUGGAAAAUCGGCAAUCCGGAACAAAAUUAGCAUAGAAGAGAAUCAGGGUUCUUACACAAGAGGUUGCAUGUCAAUGAAGUCAGCACCUGAAGAAAAAAGAGCGGCUCAAUCUUUUGUUUCGAACCUUCCUCACUUUGUCAGAGUCAUGAAGAAGUUCAACAUUAGUGGUUCAUAUACUCUGAAAGUCCCAUAUCAGUUUUCUAUGGCACACCUUCCCUCAUGCAAAACAGAGAUUGUCCUUCGUAAUUUAAGAGGGCAAUGUUGGACUGUGAACUCAGUUCCAUCCACAAGAGUGCAAACAUUACAUACUUUCUGUGGUGGAUGGAUGGCCUUUGUUCGUGGCAAUGACAUUCAGAUGGGAGAUAUCUGCAUUUUUGAACUUAUUGGCAUAUGUGAAAUGCGGGUCUACAUAUCAGGGGUUGGGAAGAAAGGGCUAGACUAUCAGAGUGGAAAAGUAACUUCUAAUGAACUUUAACUGCCACUGGUCAUAUUGUGCAUUUUUGUGCAGGGUGGUUUUCAUUUUUUGGAGAUGACAAGAGAGAAGACUAGCACAGAUUUGAGCUCAUCGUGGUAUAGGAAAUUUUGGUGCAUCUGUGGAACAAUCUGUAAAGGAAAUUGAUGAAAUCAUGAUGUAAUUAGGUUGAAAACAUCGGUGGGUGUCUCUGGUUUAGUGUGUUAUAGUGGCUUCUGUCAUGCAUUCUGAUGAAAGUAUAUCUGUGGAAAUUUGUGUUUGAAUCUUCAUCAAGUCAGGAUCAAUGCUUAGCCCUAAUCACUGGAAGUGAUACAAUGAUUUAGGGUGUACCAAUUUGGAAAAUGUUAAAUUGCCUAAGCAUUUAAACCUUGAUCCUGAACAAGAGUUUCUCUUUUAUUUUGUUUAUUUCCCCUUCAUUUUCUCAGGAAAAUUCCCAUUUUCCAGCAUUGAAUAAUUCUUGAAAAUUGAGUCAUGGCCAUAACUGUAAGUGAAGCUAUAAGAAUGUUCAAGGCUUGA